AUGAUUAGGCCGGUAGGCAACUCGUCGGAUUUACUGGAACAUGAUCAGGCAGUUUAUGCUCGGCAUAACUAUGCCUACUCGCCGAAUGAGAAGAAUAUUUUAUUUUCGGUUGUGGCCAUCGGCGCAAUGGUGGCUGUCUAUCCAGUAAUGUGGCUAAUUCAGAAGUUCGGCACCAGAUCAAUUGUGACGCUAUUCGGCUUUUUCUCUGCUCUUUGUACUGCACUUAUUCCACUGUGUGCUUAUCUUGGGUUCUAUUGGAUGGUUGUAAUGCGAUUUCUGCAGGGUACAGGUCUUUCGACUGGAUUCAUUCUUAUUGGUACCGUCACUCGACAAUGGUCCAUGCAAAAACAGAGCGCAUUUUUUAUCGCUUUUCUUACAUGUUUUUUCCAGACCGUACAACUACCUUGCCUAACCGAUGCCGCAUUGUUGGUUCUGGAUCGACAGCAGGGAUUUUGGUCAAUGAUCGAUAACCAACCGGCUAUUCUUACUUCGAACGCUAUUAUUGCCGUAUGGAUCUCGGCUAUCGCCAAUUUUAUGGGUAUACAGGUGACAAUGCAGUUCUCUCCAAUAUAUCUCAACAAGGUCAUGGGUUUUCCAGUGCAUCAAACCGGUUUGUUCAGCGCCGUACCACAGAUAGUAACGUUUGGAGUGAAAAUAUUCGCCGGUGUUUUGGCCGAUAAAGCGUCAUGUUGCCAGCCGGUCACUUCAGUGAAAAUAUUCAAUCUCAUAUCUGUUGGAGGAAUGGGAAUCGCUUUCUUCGUACUCGCUGUUAUACCAACGCAGCACAAUCAUUUUGUGAUGGGAGUGAACUCGUUCCUCAACUGCAUGGCUGCUUUGCUGGCACCCGUUGUGGUGAAUAUAUUCGUUCGCGACGACACAUGGGACGAGUGG